UAGCUCCCUCCUUCGAUGAAAACGUGAACCGCCCUAUUUGAAAAAUCGUCAUUUGGUUACUGGUUUUGAUUCAUUUAACUGUUGUUACCACAUAAUACUUGUUUCCAUGUGAACUAUAAUCUAGUCUAUUACUGUUCGACUUUUUUUUAAUAUGAGCUGUCUAAUCGGACGAUUAACUGAUGGUAUACCGCAAAUUCCUCCGCCAGCGAAAGACAACCAAUUAACCCAGUUUAGGAGAUCAUUACCAAUAUGGAAACUACGUAAUGAUAUUAUGUCCCUUGUUGAAAAUAAUUCAGUUAUCUUGGUUAGUGGGGAUACUGGAUGUGGAAAGACAACUCAAGUGCCGCAAUUUAUUCUGGAUCACUGCCUCAAGACUAAACAUGUAUGUCGUAUUGUCGUCGCCGAACCUCGUCGAUUGUCUGCAUUAUCCGUUGCUGCUCGAGUUGCUCAAGAGCGUGGAGAAGCUGUUGGACUAACUGUUGGCUAUCAAAUACGACUGGAAAGCAAGGUUUCUCCAAAGACAUUGGUCACUUUCUGUACCAAUGGUGUGCUUCUUCGUACCCUAAUGAGAGGUGAUAGCGCUUUAGACCGCGUAACUCAUAUUAUUAUUGACGAAGUCCAUGAGAGAGAUAGGUUUGCUGAUUUCCUACUUUUGACUCUUCGUAAUCUUUUGGAUCGCAAACGAAAUUUAAAAUUAAUCCUGAUGUCAGCUACAAUUGAUAGUGCUCGCUUCUCUCAAUAUUUCGAUGGCUGCGCUUCGAUAACGAUUCCAAGAAUCUCUCACGAAGUAAAAACAUUUUUUCUUGAAGAUAUACUCCGUAAAACUGACUACUUAAACAGUCAAAUUGUCUCACAACAUAUCGUAUCCAAGUCUAAAAAACAGAAGAAACGACUACAAAAAUUUCUUCAAGCCUUUUCAAGCUACAAUUCUGUCAAUUUACCAGAAGCUAUAUUAAAUCAAAGUGCUCCAGCUAUGGAAAGCAAAGAAUUCGCUUUCGAUUUGUUUGAUGAUUUUUUGGAAAAAGCAUUUAGAGAUGGUAGCGAUGAAAUUUUUGAGGAACUUCUCAGUCUUAUAAUCAAUGAUGGCUAUCCUAUCGAUUAUCAACAUUCAGAAACUGGUCUCACCUCCUUGAUGGUUUGCUGUGCUCGUGGUAAACUUUCAUAUGUUGAGGUUCUUUUGGGCUUAGGUGCCAAUGUUGAUCUCAAAUCACAUAACUCUUGGGUUGCAUUUGAUUUCGCCCAACAGUUCAAUCAUAUCGAGAUCUGUGAAUUAUUGCAUGCUUAUAUAAAUUACAGGAACCGUAAAGCCUUAGAAGAUAACAAUAAAUUUGAUUAUUGCAGUUUCAUGCUGAGCAUCACUGAGGCAGAUAAAAAGAUAGCCAGCUUAUAUAAUACUCUCUUCCCAACUGACGACGUUGAUUUAAACUUGAUCAUAGAAGUGAUCUCUCUCAUUUCAAAGUCCGAUAAUGAUGCUUUCAAAUCUUCAAGAGGUGCCAUUCUGAUUUUUUUACCUGGUUACGAUGAAAUAAUUGGACUUCGGGAUAGAAUUGCAAAUGAUCACCGUUUGAAUCAUUCAAAUUUUCAAAUAUUUAUGUUGCACUCACAAAUGCAAAACUCUGACCAAAGAAAAGUUUUUGAUCCGGUUAAACCUGGAGUUCGAAAGAUUAUUUUAUCCACUAACCUCGCUGAAACCAGUAUUACUAUUGAUGAUGUCGUUUUUGUGAUUGACUCCGGCAAAGUUAAAGAAGAAUCUUAUGAUGUGAAUCUCGGUACCACAAUGCUCAAAUCAACCUGGGUAUCACAAGCUAAUGCAAUUCAGAGGCGCGGACGAGCCGGUCGUUGUCAAAGUGGUUACUGUUAUCAUCUUUUCAGUAAAUCUCAAUUUCUCAAUAUGCCUCGUUUUCAAGUGCCACAAAUCCUUCGCAUGCCUAUUCAUGAAUUAUGCCUACAAACGAAACUUUUAGCUCCUAAAGGCGUUUCUAUUAUUGAUUUUUUGAGCCAAGCACUUGAUCCACCACCAAUGGCUACAUUGAAAAGCUCUAUAAAUUUACUUAAGACUAUCGAUGCUUUGGACAAAGAUGAGCAGCUAACUGAAAUCGGAUUCCAUCUUCUAGACCUUCCUCUUGUCCCUACUCUUGGAAAAAUGGUUCUCAACGCUAUUGUAUUAAAAUGCUUGGAUCCAGUUUUAACCAUUGUCUGCACUUUAGCUUAUCGUGAUCCAUUUUACAUUCCAAAUGAUCGAGGUCUUAAACCUGCUGCAGUGAAAGCCAAGGCUAAAUUGGCAAGCGAAACCUACUCUGACCAUAUGGUCUUGUUGCGAGUAUUUCAAGCAUGGCAAAAAGCUCGUCAAGAUGGUUUCGAAUAUGAAUUUGCCAAUGCCAAUUUCGUUAGAUCAGCUACAAUGGAGAUGAUUGCUGGAACUCGAGCUCAACUACUCGGUCAACUUCGGGCUUCCGGCUUUAUUCGUGCUCGUGGACCUGGAGACAUUCGUGAUCUCAAUAUAAAUUCAGAUCAUUGGGGAGUUAUCAAAGCUGCGCUCUGUGCUGGUGCUUACCCUAAUAUUUUAAAAGUUGAUCUGAGCAAGAAAAACUUAAUAUCUAACAAAGAUUCCUCUAUCAGGUUCCAUCCAUCAUCCGUUUUAAUUGAAACCUCAGAAAACCGUCCUAAGAAUCAUGUUAAAUUGCUUGAAUCUCUGCCAUCCGAAUGGUUAAUUUUUGAUUCCUUAUCUCGCAUUGGAUUCAAAUCAUAUGCACGUUAUUGUACUCUAAUCAGUCCUCUUACUGUUGCCUUAUUUGCUGGAACCUCCAAAUCUGAUAACGUUGUUGAAUCUAUUACUUCCAAAAAAUCUAAUCGCAAAAAAUCUUCUAGUCGUGAUUUGGAAAGGGAACAAUCAGGGGAUCAAAUCCUCAAAAUUGAUGAUUGGAUCUUAUUCAGACUCAAAGCAAGCGAUUCCAAUAUUGUUCGUCUUCGUAAAAAGUGGCACUCGUUAUUCCUUCGUCGAAUUAGUUCGCCAAACAAGCCUUCCACUAAUUCCGAUGAUCACAUAAUCAAAACACUUGUUGAUUUAAUUACUCAAGCAGAGAAAUCGCACAGAUUGACUCAACCAAAUGGCAUUGGACAACGUCCAAGACCAAUGACUAUUCCAAUCUACUAAGCACAGUAUUGGCUAUUCCUAAAGAUUCAAUAUUACAAAUUUAUAAUUUUCUAUGCGUAAUUAACUUAUUGUCAUGAUUAAAGUAACGAAGUAAUGAAAAUAUUAAUUUAAUUAGUCAAAAUAUCUUGUCAUAAAAAGCCUGAAAUUGUGAUUGAUCCAGAAUGAGCUUUGAAAUAAACUGAUUGGCCAAAAUUCAUUAAAUUAUAAAAUAAAUUAAUAUUUUCAAUGCAUUGAA